AUGGAAGCGUUCUUCGCUCGCGCGCGAUCGGUCGCCGAAGAGGCGGCGAAGAAGACUCAAGAAAUCACUGUCAAGCUGUCGCAGGAUAUUGUCAAAGAGACUACAAAAGUAUCCUCCCAGCUCGCGACAGAAACUGCCAAGUACAGUGAGCAGCUGUCGAAGAAUGCCACCAUCCAGGAUAUUGCCUCUCGCUCCAAGUCGUUCGCACAAGAGGCUGGCAAGAAGGCACAAGAGCUCGCGAAAGAAGCUGCGGAAAAGCUCCCCGCGUUAGCGCAGCAGACGGCGCAGAGCGCUGGGGAAGGGAUUCAAAGUCUGGUAAAGGAGUUGAAAGUAGGGGGUUCAGGACACCAGGCAUUGCCACUUGACAAAGAGCUGGAAGACUAUGGAGUGACUGAAGAUCUGCGCGAAUUCGUUCGUGGAAUGACCCUUGACACUUUCAAGGAAUUUCCUGUCGAUGACGAGAUCAAGCAGCUGAAGGAAGCUGCAACUGCUGAAGAGGGUGUGGGAGCGGUGGCAACUACCGCGGCAGAGAAUGCUUUAAAGACCGACGAGGUGGAGGUUGGUCCCGACAACGUCAGACAUGAUCUCAACGCAUUUCAGACUCGCCAUGCCAUGCUGGUCUUGGAAAGCGUGAAGGAGAUUUCCACGUUUCGGUAUCAAUUAUGCCCUCGGGUUAUGCCAGAGCAUCGGUUCUGGAAGAUCUACUUUAUGCUGGUGCACACACACGUUAUGCCGUAUGAGGUGCGAUGGUCCGAAAGACAACAAGAGCUGGCAGCAGGGAUGGCAGCUUUGAAGGAACGGGCUGCACAAGCAGCGGCCAUUGCAACCACCCCUCCAGCUGCCAAGACUCUCGCUUCUGAUUCCAAUACAAGUGUUGGCAAGUCCACUGGUUCCUCAGCAACUGUUGCUGCAGCAGGAGUAGCUGCUGCGGCGGCAGUAGCAGUGGCGGCAACAUCUGAAGAUGGUGACGACAAAAAGACAGAAGGGGACGAUAUUGAUGCUCUUCUCAUGGAUGCACUUGGAGGGGAUGAUGCAGCGAGUCAGGUUCACUUGACGCAUCACCUGCCAGCAUCAGUACCAGUCGCCGUCAACAGAUGCCGUUUCAAACACCAAGUCUCCGCUCCCAGACUCUUCUCGCUUCCCGCGUUAUCCAGCGAGGCUUGGUGUGAAAAUGGGUUGGGGAGGAGCAGAGUAGCUCGGCGGCCCGUUCCGGUCAUUCGGGCGGAGGCAGGAGCGGUGCAGAGUCCGCCUGAAAAGGACAAGAAGGACCCCACAUUCGAAAAGGUGUCUCAUCGCGAGCACCUCACUGUGGGCGAUUGCAUGACCAAGGGCGACGUGAAGGUCGUCAAAGUCACCACCACCGUGGAUGAGGCGCUGGAGAAACUAGUGACGUAUCGCAUCUCGGGCAUGCCUGUGGUCGACGACGACAACCGCGUCGUGGGCGUGGUAUCGGACUACGACCUACUCGCCCUCGACUCCAUCUCAGGCAAGCGCAAGGAGCGCGACGGCAUAUUCCCACAGGCCGGCAGCACGUGGAAGGCGUUCAAGGAGAUCCAGCUGCUGCUGGCGAAGAACGCGGGGGCCACCGUGGGGGACGUGAUGACCCCCAACCCGCUCUGCGCGCGCGCCAUGACCAACAUCGAAGACGCCGCGCGAGUGUUGAUAGAGUCCAAGUUCCAUCGCCUGCCAAUCGUGGAUGAGAACGGCAUUCUGCACCUGCUGUUCUUCCCGCCUAUGAUCCUUGUGAUCUUUCCUCCCCUUCCAAAUUCAACCCCUCUCUCAUCCCGCAAUCCUCUCCCCCCUUCCCCCACUCCCCUCCUCCCCCCACGACCGCCCACCUCCUCUGCUCGUGCCUUUUUCUAG